AUUCUGGUUUAAUGAUUAUCCUUUUUAUAACCUCUGGGCUUAAGUAGCCACUGCGAUUUCCCACUCUCCUGUUUUUUCGCUGUGGGCAUUCUUUACUCUGAAUUUCAAGGAACAGCACCUGGGAAAAAGGGAAGGGAAAGAUCUGUUGGAAGAGUGUGCCAUAAGUGCAAGACCAACCACAUACAGAUAAGGCACUUCUGAUGGUGAAACUGCAAAUAACAUCUUAGAAGAUGGUUUCUGGUAAUCAGCAUAAAAUACAGUGAACAAAAAAAAAUCAUACCAUAAAGCAAAAAACCUUUUGGAGAAGAAUACAUUCAGAAAAACUCAAGGGUGACCACCAUCAGCUCUGCUUGGGGGAAUCAAAGCUUGUGUGCAAGAUUGCUAGUAUUAGCAGGUUUGACAACACCAAGAAAGCCAAUGGAGAGUGUAAGACACAGAGAACCACGUUCAGACCAGGCACUUGAUGAACUACCUGUUACCAGCAAGAAACUCAAAUCCACGAACUUACAGAAAGAGGUGGGUCUGUUCAGUGGAAUCUGUGUCAUUGUCGGAACUGUGAUAGGUUCAGGGAUUUUUAUUUCUCCCAAGACUGUUCUGGCCAAUGUUGGAGCAAUUGGACCUUGCUUGAUUAUCUGGGCAGCCAGUGGGGUGUUGGCCACGUUAGGGGCACUUUGCUUUGCUGAACUUGGCACAAUGAUAACCAAAUCAGGAGCAGAAUAUCCUUAUCUGAUGGAAGCCUUUGGGCCAAUACCUGCCUACUUGUUUUCCUGGUCUAGUCUAAUUGUCAUCAAGCCCAGCGCCUUCGCCAUUAUCUGCCUCAGUUUUGCUGAGUAUGUGUCAGCUCCAUUUUAUCCAGGAUGUGACCCUCCCAUUGCUGUCAUUAAGUGCCUGGCUACAGCAGCCAUUGGUGAGUGUUUGGCCUUAAGGUAGUGGAACCAAGUUAGAGAUGGAAGUGGAGGUAGAGGUGAAGAAAGAAGGGCAGAAGAACUCAACCCAUGUCAUACAGCUGGACAGUUGAUGUACUGCAUGUUAUUUAGAUUGAUUUCCCACCACAGUGAAGAAAAUCUUUGAAAAAAGGCAUAGGCUGGGAGACAUGCUGUAAUUAAGAUGUGCUCCUAAUGUAUGUAAUAAUUUCACCCUUCAGUUCUAUUUACAAUUACAAUUUAGUGGACAAUGUAUUGUCGAAGGCUUUCACGG